AUGGAUAUAAAAAGGACUAGACGAAAACUGAAUGUUAUGCAAAUUCUGCUUAUACUUUCUUUAAUGCAAAAUACCCAAAGUAAAAGUCUCUCCUUAAUAGAGGAACCCCAACAAAUUAUUUUAAAAGCAGAUACAUUGCAAUCCUACCAUGUCAGCGAGUUACAAAAUGUGGAUAUAAUAUGCCCCUUUAACCAGCCCAUUUGGUAUCACAAUGAGCAAUAUUUGAAUACCAAUCGCACGUUUAAAAUCAAAGCUAUUUCUCUUGAGAAAUCGGGUACCUACAGCUGUCUCUCACAACUAGCCAGUAAAUCUGGAGACCUUAUUAAAUGGGCCAAUGUCAGCCUUAAUGUAUGCAGCAAUUUUACAAAAGAUGAACCCUGUCAAAUAACCGAAAUCAAACCGCUGAAACUUAAAGAAGAUUUUAACAAAAAACCUACACAAUUGCCGCAAAGAAAAGAAGCUGAAGUUGUGUUUUCCAGUGCCGAAGUGGAUAAUUUGGAGGAACAUCUUAACACUCCUCCAAAAUUUAAAUCCCAACAGCUUUACAACACCACCCAAAAGUAUUCGGGCGGCACUGCUAUUUUCAAUUGCAAUGCCUACUCCCACAUUGCAGCCAAUAUCUCCUGGACUUUUAAUAAUCGCUCUUUGGAUCUAUACUCCUCGAAAUAUAAAAUAAAAAAAUGGGCCAUUUCAGUGCAAGAUCUGCAGAGUCAGGAUUCAGGAGAAUAUGCCUGCACAAUAUGCAAUCUAUAUGGCUGUAUUUAUCGCGCCUCUAUAUUAAAUGUCUUGGAACGUGAAAGUUCUCCACCCAUUAUCAGGGAAGGAUCAGUAAUUAAUCAAACCAUAAUGGCUGAUGAGAAUGUCAAGUUUGAGUGUGAUGUUAUAUCGGCCUUGGAGCCUCAUAUUGUUUGGUAUCAUCAUACAGAUCUAUUAAAUUUAACCGAGGAUCAUGCCUUUGACUCCAGUUAUAAUCCCCAUGCUCUUAAACUUUUAACCCGACCAGAUGAGCCUUAUAUUUUAAGGCUGGGUAGUGUGCAAGAGGAAGAUCAAGGCUGGUAUUCCUGUAUAGCGGCCAAUAGUUUAGGUGAAGCAGUGGCCAGCUAUUAUCUCAGCAUUAUGACAGCGGACACCUUUCUCAAUGACACUCUAGAACCAGAAGAGGAGUUAAAGAAUGUGGCAGUUACCGUAACCUCAGUUGAGUUUAAUACCUUUAAUCUAGAACAAAACGAUAAUGAUGAGUCUUCGGAUCAUGAUACGGAUAGCAAAAACAGUGACAUAGAAGAGGAAAAGGCGCCUCAGUUUAAAAAUCUCAAUAAGCUAGAGAGAAACAUGCACAAGCCGGCUGGCAGUUCCAUACAACUGGUGUGUGCCGCCAAUGGCCAUCCCACACCCAAUAUCACCUGGACGCGCAAUAACACCGAAAUAGAGCGACACAUAGGCAAGGUAACCUACAAGAAAUGGUCCAUACAAAUGGACGAUGCCAUAACCAAAGAUUCUGGGAUAUACAAGUGCACCGUAUGCAAUGCUCUGGGCUGCAUAGAACACUCUACCAAAGUCAUAGUUUCGGAUCGUUUGCGUUCUCGCCCCAUAAUAAGUGAUAAAUUUCCUCAAAAUCAAACUGUAUUGACCAAUAGCUCCACGUACUUGGAGUGUAGGGUGGUAUCCGAUCUGGAACCCUACAUUGUGUGGCUUAAAUACAGCAAAAGAAAUGAAUCCAUAGACAAGCUGGAGAAAGUAGUACCCAACUUUUCCAAUGACCAGAGUAUGCUUAGCAAAGAUGUGGUGAUUUUGGAGCGAGAUCAAGACAAGCCCAACAUUUUAAAUUUCACCAAAGUAUCCCAUGAUGAUGAGGGUUGGUAUACUUGUGUGGCCGCCAGCUCCUUGGGGCAAACGGUGGCUAGUGCCUAUCUUAAAGUGGUGGAUAAAUUGCCUCAAAGGGAUGGUCUGCAGCGUGGUCAUCCGAUAACCAUAACCGCCGUAGCCAUAGUUGUGGUAUUGCUAUUCCUUUUGGGCACCAUAUUCGUUAUCUAUGUCAUGCGCAAUUUGAAACAUGAAAAACUGCUGAAGCAGCGCAUAGAAACCGUGCAUCAAUGGACCAAAAAAGUUAUUAUUUACAAACCUCCCCCCUCCGAGUCAGGUUCUUGUGAUCUACAAAUGCCCGUUAUUAAAAUAGAAAAACAACGCACCACCUUUACCACCAAUUCCAACUCUGAUGCUAAUCAAGGCUUUAAUGAAUACGAAUUUCCUUUGGAUUCCAAUUGGGAAAUAGCACGCAGUCAAUUAUCUUUGGGUUCCACCUUGGGUGAGGGCGCCUUUGGUCGUGUGGUCAUGGCCCAGGGCAGUAAUUUACCACGUGUUUCCGCCAACGGCUCGGCUGGCACCAUAGUGGCCGUCAAAAUGGUCAAGGAAGAACAUACGGAUGCCGACAUGGCCAGUUUGGUGCGCGAAAUGGAGGUAAUGAAAAUGAUUGGCAAACACAUCAAUAUUAUUAAUCUGCUGGGCUGCUGCAGUCAAAAUGGUCCCUUGUGGGUUAUAGUGGAAUUUGCACCGCAUGGAAAUUUAAAAGAUUUCCUGAAAAAGAAUCGUCCUUUAUCGAAUUGGGGCAGCUGCAGUCUGAAGAGAAAUAGUGAAUAUUUGGAUGACAAGACGCAUUUGACGGAGAAACAUUUAAUAUCGUUUGCCUUUCAAAUCGCCCGGGGUAUGGAAUAUUUGGCCUCAAGACGGUGCAUUCACCGUGAUUUAGCUGCUCGUAAUGUGCUCGUUAGUGAUGACUACAUUAUGAAGAUAGCAGAUUUUGGCCUGGCCCGUGAUAUACAAGACACCGACUACUAUCGCAAGAAUACCAACGGUCGUUUGCCCAUCAAAUGGAUGGCACCCGAAUCGUUGCAGGAAAAAUUCUACGAUUCCCAAUCAGAUGUUUGGUCCUACGGUGUCUUGUUAUGGGAAAUAAUGACCUAUGGCGAACAACCCUACCCCAAUAUAAUGUCGGCCGAGGAGCUCUACAGUUAUUUGAUAACGGGACAACGCAUGGAAAAGCCAGCACGCUGCUCUUUAAAUAUCUAUAUGUUAAUGCGUCAGUGUUGGCAUUUUGAUUCCACAGCCCGUCCAACAUUCACCGAAAUUGUGGAAAAUCUGGAUAAAAUUUUACAGCUGACCAGUACCACCAGCAAUGAAGAGUAUUUAGAUUUGUCCAUGCCCAUGUUAGAGACACCGCCCUCCUCCAGUGAUGAAGAUUCUGAUGCGGAAACAUUUCGGGAGAAUUCCCUUAGAUAUCAGUAUACCUAUAAAUUUAAUUAGUUUUUAAGGAAAA